UCUGUCUGUGCCCAACUUAACUGGACGUUGACCGUUCAAAUCAUUGUGAAUAUAAGCACAUAAUAAUAAUCGCCGCAGAAUUUGGCUACCUAAGGGACCAGUACCAUUCGCUUUACUUUUUGGUCCAGGCCCCUACAUCGAGUCAAGUCAUUGCGAUAGGAAACGAAUCAUUUCACAAUCAUCCCUACUUUCCAAUGCUUGUGAGAAGUGUGAGAAGUGCGAGAAGUGCGACCAACACGAGAGCAAUCUUCCACACAAUCGAACGCUAUUUCCAAAACUCUUACCAAAGUGCAAAUCAUAGGAGCAAGACAGAUACUACCUAGAGCGGAAAAGUCUAUCGGGGCCGGGAGAUACCUCAAAAGCCUGAAAAAUGCCUUCGAUACUGUCGGAUGAUGAUAAAGAGACGGUCAAACGCAUGGUACCAAAGGCCUCGAACAAAAUACAGGCUGUAGCGGUGGCCCGUCUAUACGUUGCUUACCCUGAUCGUCAUAAAUGGACAUACACUGGUUUACAAGGAGCAGCAGUGCUUGCGAACGAUCUUGUUGGAAAUACCUACUGGAUAAAACUCGUCGAUGUUUCAGUUAGUGGUUCCCCUCCAUCUUGUCGCGAUAUUUUAUCGACUAAAAAAAGCUGACUUCCUGUACUAUAGUCUGCGAAUAGAGGAGUUAUAUGGGAUCAGGAGAUAUAUGAUACAUGGUCAUAUAAUCAGGAUAGAACAUUCUUUCACACCUUCGAAACAGAAGAAUGUCUGGCUGGAUUAUCCUUCGUGGACGAGAAGGAAGCUAAAACGUUUAUGAAGAAAAUGAAUGAUCGGGAGAAGAAUGCUAGUAAAGCUACAAAAGCCAAUCCUUUUGGUGAUGCAGCUCCAGUUCAUAAACAUAGUCUCCUUGGAGGAAUCUUUAGUGGACACCGACAUUCUUCCGCUCCAUCGAUACAACCUACUCCUCCCGAUUCCCCAAGCUAUGUCCUUCCGCCCUCACAACCAGCGCAUCCACCACAAAACCACGGGCACUCGGGCGGAAGCUUCAAAUCAGGGCAGCCUGAGUAUGCAGCUUUGGAAGCGAUUGAUCCUCAUUGGCGAGAAACAUGGGGCGAGGACUUGAGGCAGAUGGGGAUUACAGACGAUAUGAUUAGAGAUAACCAAGAUUUUAUUGCCGAAUAUAUUCUAGAUCAACAAUCUCAGCAAGGCAUAACACCCGCGCCCAGUGGCAUUGAAAAUCAAAGAAAUAAAGCCCCUCCCCCACCUCCACCUCCCGCGGCCCCUCGAACACGUUCCGAUAGUCCUCAAAGUUCCACGGCCGGUCAUGGGCGAGGGGCUCCACCUCCACCUCCCGCACCACGGCGAUCUAAAGCAGAUAUCCCUCGAGAACCAACACCCCCAAGAGAGCCUUCACCUCCCAGAGGACCUCCACCCCCUAGAUUUGCAGCUCCACCACCAAUCGCUGAUGCUGGCAAGUUUGCGCAUACCAACGAUAGGGCACCUUCUCGGGCACAUGCUUCUUCUAACCCCGGGCCACCUCCGCCGCCAAGGCCUGCGAAAACACCUAUUGAAGAUUACGAACCAGGGGAAUCAGGUUCGAGAUAUGGAGUCCCUCCCCCUUUCACUGGGACGAGAACAACAGCGCCACCCCCUACUCCGCAACGAGGCCCCGUUCCACCGCCACCUCCUAGAGAUAUCCAUCAAUCGAAUAGUGCCCAUGCUAUACCACCUGCACACAUUCCCCCUCCUUACCACCGAAAACUCCAGCAUCUCCGAGCGCGCCGCCAUUGCCCCUGCUUCUACUCGUCCUGUACCUUUACCUCCGAGACACCGCACCCUCCACCCCUUUGCCUCAGAUGGGUGCUCCACCACCGCCGCCCCUACCUCAAUCAGCAGCCCCUCCUGUACCAUCGUCUGCUGCUCCACCUCCACCCCCGGGCCACCACCUUCAUUUGAGGGCCACCUCCACCUCCCCACCUCCACCUCCCCCACCUCCACCACCUAUGCCAUCGUUUGGCGGGCCUCCACCACCUCCACCACCGCCAGGAAAUGGUCCGCCAGCUCCUCCUCCACCACCACCUCCAAACCGCGAUUCUGGCUAUGCUUCAAGUGUUCCAGCGCCACCCAAAACUACUGGUGACCGCGCCGACUUAAUGGCAAAUAUUCAAAAAGCUGGUGGUAUCGGAGCUCUCAAGAAAGUUGACCGAUCACAAAUUAGAGACAGAAGUGCAGCCACAGUCCCGGGAGCAGAUACAGGACCUGCAGGCAGCGGACUUCCUCCAGCUGGUGCAUCUUCUGGAGGCGGAGGAGGGUUGGCAGAUGCAUUGGCAGCCGCUUUAAACAAGAGAAAACAGAAAGUUAGUGCUAGUGGUGAGUCUCUGUAUAUAAUCUUGAUUCUGUGUCCUCUGCUAACUUUUGAUCAGAUGACGAAGCGGAAGAUGAUGAUUGGUAGAUGGUCAGUGGUGCGAUUGGUUGCUUUAGUUUAGGGAGAUUGAUUGAAACAAGAACGGAAUGAAGUUUGGUGUAUAUUGUGCCAUGGCCAAGUUAAGGGUGGCAUUUAGUCAAAUUAUUACGAGUCAAAAUUGGCCGCUGCAGGACAACGUGGAUGGCAUAGAGAAAAUGGCA